UUUGAAUUCUUGGGAUCUUCUUAGCCGAGUGAGAGCAUAUCUCCCAGUUGGUGACAGAUGUGAUGUUCUCCCGGUUGCUAUUGAUUGUCCGAAGACAAAGAACCAGCCCAGGAUGGCAGAACUGGUCCUCUGCAAGAAGAAGUGCGUCAGCUGCCGAGGCGCAUUCUGUCGCCCUGCCUACUCAGGCACAGGUGGUGAUCUGUGGUGGUGGAAUCAUGGGCACAUCCGUGGCCUAUCACCUCUCCAAGAUGGGGUGGAAGGAUAUUGUCCUUUUGGAGCAAGGCAGGCUGGCUGCUGGCUCUACAAGGUUCUGUGCUGGCAUCCUGAGCACUGCCAGGCACUUGACCAUUGAACAGAAGAUGGCAGACUAUUCAAACAAACUGUACAGUCAGUUAGAGCAGGAAACGGGGAUUCAAACAGGUUACAUAAGGACAGGCUCAAUCUCUUUGGCUCAAACUCAGGACCGGCUGAUCUCCCUGAAGCGCAUCAACUCAAGGCUGAAUGUUAUAGGCAUUCCUUCUGAGAUCAUCUCCCCCAAGAAAGUGGCUGAACUUCACCCUUUCCUCAAUGUGCACGACCUGGUGGGGGCCAUGCAUGUUCCCGAGGAUGCAGUGGUGUCCUCUGCUGAUGUGGCUCUUGCCCUGGCAAGUGCUGCCUCCCAGAACGGUGUUCAGAUCUAUGACCGUACAAGUGUUCUUCAUGUAAUGGUCAAAAAAGCUCAAGUUACUGGUGUGGAGACAGAUAAAGGACAGAUUGAAUGCCAGUAUUUUGUCAACUGUGCUGGUCAGUGGGCAUACGAGCUGGGUCUGUCCAACGAAGAGCCGGUUAGUAUCCCGUUACAUGCCUGCGAACACUUCUACCUUCUGACUCGCCCCUUGGAGACCCCUCUGCAGAGCAACACACCAACUAUUGUGGAUGCUGAUGGAAGGAUUUAUAUUCGGAACUGGCAGGGUGGCAUAUUGUCUGGUGGCUUUGAGAAGAACCCGAAACCAAUUUUCACUGAGGGCAAGAACCAGCUGGAGAUUCAGAAUCUGCAGGAAGACUGGGAUCACUUUGAGCCCCUGUUGAGUUCCCUCCUGCGGAGGAUGCCAGAAUUGGAGACUCUGGAGAUCAUCAAGUUGGUGAAUUGCCCUGAGACCUUCACACCAGACAUGAGGUGCAUCAUGGGCGAGUCUCCUACAGUACAGGGCUACUUUGUCCUGGCAGGGAUGAAUUCUGCUGGCCUUUCAUUUGGUGGUGGAGCUGGAAAGUACCUCGCUGAAUGGAUGGUAUAUGGUUAUCCCUCAGAAAAUGUCUGGGAAUUGGACUUGAAACGUUUUGGAGCCCUCCAGAGCAGCCGUACCUUUCUGCGCCACCGGGUCAUGGAAGUCAUGCCUCUGAUGUAUGAUCUGAAGGUUCCCCGUUGGGACUUCCAGACUGGUAGGCAGCUACGCACAUCUCCACUCUAUGACCGGUUGGAUGCACAAGGAGCCAGAUGGAUGGAGAAACAUGGAUUUGAGAGGCCAAAGUACUUUGUUCCUCCGGACAAGGACCUACUUGCAUUAGAACAGAGCAAGACUUUCUACAAGCCAGAUUGGUUUGAAAUUGUGGAGUCUGAAGUCAAGUGCUGUAAAGAAGCUGUGUGUGUCAUCGACAUGUCCUCUUUCACGAAGUUUGAGAUAACGUCCACUGGGGAUCAAGCAUUAGAAAUGCUCCAGUACCUCUUCUCCAAUGACCUGGAUGUGCCUGUGGGCCACAUCGUGCAUACUGGCAUGCUCAACGAGGGUGGAGGGUAUGAAAAUGACUGCAGCAUAGCACGACUGAGCAAGCGCAGUUUCUUCAUGAUCUCUCCAACCGACCAACAGGUCCACUGUUGGGCCUGGCUUAAGAAACACAUGCCAGAAGACAGUAACCUACUUCUGGAGGAUGUCAGCUGGAAAUACACUGCUCUCAAUCUGAUUGGUCCCCGAGCUGUGGAUGUGCUGUCUGAGUUGUCCUAUGCCCCAAUGACUCCAGACCACUUUCCAAGUCUCUUUUGCAAGGAGAUGAGCGUGGGCUAUGCAAAUGGGAUCCGGGUGAUGAGCAUGACUCACACAGGAGAGCCGGGAUUCAUGCUGUACAUCCCCAUAGAGUAUGCCCUGCAUGUGUACAAUGAAGUGAUGAGUGUUGGGCAGAAAUAUGGAAUCCGGAAUGCUGGUUAUUAUGCUCUUCGCAGUCUCCGAAUUGAGAAGUUUUUUGCCUUCUGGGGUCAGGAUUUAAAUACCCUCACCACGCCCCUGGAAUGUGGACGAGAGUCUCGGGUGAAAUUAGAGAAGGGCAUGGAUUUCAUUGGCCGGGAUGCCCUGCUGCAGCAGAAGCAGAACGGGGUGUAUAAACGCCUCACUAUGUUCAUCCUGGAUGACCACGACACAGACCUGGACCUCUGGCCUUGGUGGGGAGAGCCUAUCUACCGGAACGGGCAGUAUGUUGGCAAGACCACCAGCAGUGCCUAUAGCUACACCCUGGAGCGCCAUGUUUGUCUGGGCUUCGUGCACAAUUUUUCUGAAGACACUGGGGAAGAGCAGGUGGUGACAGCAGAUUUUAUCAACCGGGGAGAGUAUGAGAUCGACAUCGCAGGACACCGGUUCCAGGCGAAGGCCAAGCUCUACCCUGUCACCUCCCUGUUCACCCACAAGCGCCGAAAGGAUGAUGUGGAGCUGAGUGACUUGCACGGGAAGUGAUGCCAGGGAGUCUCCUCCUCCCAUCCCUCGUCCCGGAGGAGCAUCACCUGAGAGCUUCUCGUUCUUCCUCCUGCCUCUGUCCCUCUUUAUUGAACCUCUGCCUCUUGCCUCUUAUCUCCUUGAUACAAUUUUGAACCUGACCCACUUUUAAACUUUAUGCUUUGCAGCCUCUCUUGUCCUUCCAUCUUCUCCUCCCCACUUCUGUAGUCUUCCCUCCUAACACUGACUGUGGGCUCUCCUUCCUGUCUGUCUGCCCUGCUCAGUUUCCCGUGGUGGCAGAAAGUAUGUCUGACAGGCAGGACAGAAGCAAGUUCCACUAUGGAAGUAGGUUAAGGUGACAGUCUGACAUCAAAUUCUGCAUCUCAAAACACAGCAAGCUGGUGUUGUGCAGGCCUCAGGGCAAGAAUCCAUCUCCUCCAGCUAAGUUUUCUUGAGUAACCUGUUAACUUUGGUAGGGUUGCCUGUGUCUGAUGCAGCCCUGUGGACUAGCUUGUGCCUUUUAGCCAGGCAGAUCAUUCUCCUGUUCCAUUGCGCUGUGGGUUGACACCUGAUAUCUCUAGCAAGCGGGUGAUCAUCUACCUCACUGAGGAGAGGCUUCGCAUGGACCUCUGGUCUGUAGCAGAGACAAGCAGUUAACCUGGCACCGUCCUCUCCCUCCCUGUGGAAACAGUUAUCCAGGCCUUUGGGCCAGGGCAGCCUGUGUGUAAUUUUCUUCAUCCCUUGGUAAUCCCUGUAAUGAGGUUGCUGUUUCUUUCUCAGCUGAGUGAGCACGUGAGCCACAGUGUUCAAAAGGGAAAAACCAUGUUGCCUUUUGUGUUGCUUUUCCCAGUGGAAAGGGUCUGACCUCAGAAAGUAUGGCACCAAUGACACUGAGUUUUUACCAUUAGAACAGUGCUGCUUUUCUUUCAGUUGGUCAGAGUUCAGCUAUCCUAUCUGGAUUUUCCUUUUCUCCCGGUAUGUUUGACUUUAUUGGUUCAGCCUUACCUGUCCCCUCUGUGAUUGGCCCACGAGCUCAUACUAUUUCUGUCACUUUAGAACAGGGAGGGGAAGGUAGGACGUGUUGUUCCGGCUGAGUGACCAAACCUUGCUGUCUAUAGUUCCUUGCUGUCCUUGCUGUUCCAGAGAGCUACCUGAUUGCCAAGCUUUACUUCCUCCAGCACAGAACAAACAAAGCCAUGCAGAGACGGCCCUUGUAGGCCCAUUAAGAGUUUUGAGUACAGAGGGUGUAAGUUACAUAAGGCUGGAGGACAGCAGCUUUCUGACUUUUCCUCUCCAGCCUUUUCUUUCCCUUCCAGACACCGCUCCAUUAGACUCUGGAAUAGAAAAUGACUUGGGAUGCCCCAAGAGCACCCUGUGUACUUUUAAGCUGUCUUUCUGUUUUCUUUUUUUUUUUUAAAGAUGACCGGUAAGGGGAUCUUAACCCUU